UGCACGCUCAGAGCCGUCUUCGCCUCUGGGUCCCGCGCGGACUGUUGGCACUGGGUUCGCGCGCCACUGCGGUACAGUCAACUGCGAAGCGCGUGACGCGCCUGGGAUUGCUUUGCUUCAUCACCUCGUUUAUUUAUUUAUUUAUUUUUUCUUCUUUCGUUCUUCUACUCGAAGGCAGCACCUGCGCGUGAGGAGCUACUCGAAGGCGUGUGAACUCUCCACGGAGGACUGAAGUUGCCCCCCACCCGUUUGCCACCGUCCGUGCUCAGGAUGGGACCUCCAUCGCUCCUCGUCUCCGUCGUCCUCUGCGUGAGUGCGGCCGUCCCGCAUAUCGCCAAAGGGGAAACAUGCGAGCCAAACCCGUGUGAAAAUGGAGGUGCCUGCCUCACGGCCAUAAGCAAUGAGGCCUACACGUGUGAGUGUCGUCCAGGCUUCACAGGGCCCAACUGUGCUAGUAAUAUGGAGGUUGCAGCAGAUGGUGAAGAUUCAACUUCAGGUGGGAUAUUUCUAGGACCUUGUCACCCGAACCCAUGCCACAAUGGAGGAAUGUGCGAAAUCAGUGAGACCUACCGAGGCGACACCUUCAUCGGCUAUGUCUGCAAGUGUGCACCCGGCUUCAACGGCAUCCACUGCCAACACAAUGUUAAUGAAUGCGAAAGAGAUCCAUGUAAAAAUGGAGGGAUCUGCACCGAUCUGGUGGCUAACUACUCCUGCGAAUGCCCGGGGGAGUACAUGGGAAGAAACUGCCAACAUAGAUGUUCCGGUCCACUUGGCAUGGAAGGAGGCAUCAUCUCCAACCAGCAGAUCACUGCCUCCUCCACCCACCGUGCUCUCUUCGGCUUGCAGAAGUGGUAUCCCUACUUCGCGCGUCUCAACAAGAAGGGUCUGGUGAAUGCCUGGACGGCUGCCGAGAACGACAGAUGGCCUUGGAUCCAGAUAAACCUGCAGAGAAGGAUGCGGGUCACGGGGCUGAUAACCCAGGGGGCCAAGCGCAUCGGCAGCCCAGAGUACGUCAAGUCCUACAAAGUGGCCUCCAGCGACGACGGAAAGACCUGGAGGACGUACAAAGUCAAGGGCACGGACGAGGAUAUGAUCUUCCGGGGAAACGUCGAUAACAACACUCCCUCGGCCAACUCCUUCACGCCACCCAUCGAGGCCCAGUAUGUGAGGAUCUACCCACAGGUCUGCCGGAGACACUGCACUCUGCGCAUGGAGCUGCUGGGCUGUGAACUCACAGGAUGCUCCGAGCCACUGGGGAUGAAGUCUGGCCACAUUCAGGAUUACCAGAUCACGGCAUCCAGCAUCUUCCGAACGCUCAACAUGGACAUGUUCACCUGGGAGCCUGGCAAAGCCCGGCUGGACAAGCAGGGCAAGGUCAAUGCCUGGACAGCUGGACACAGUGAUCAGUCCCAGUGGCUACAGGUGGACAUGCUCAUGCCAACCAAAAUUACAGGCGUCAUUACCCAGGGGGCAAAGGAUUUUGGCCAUGUGCAAUUUGUGGGCUCCUACAAGGUCGCCUUCAGCAAUGAUGGAGAAAGAUGGCACAUAUAUCAGGACGAAAAACAGAAGAAAGAUAAGGUCUUUCAAGGAAACUUUGAUAAUGACACACACAGGAAAAAUGUGAUAGAUCCUCCCAUCUAUGCUCGGUUCAUCCGGAUCCUUCCAUGGUCGUGGUACGGAAGGAUCACUUUGCGUGCAGAAAUACUCGGAUGCACGGAGGAAGAGUAGAUGCCCCCCCACCACGCAGCUUUUUCCUGGUACACCUCAGUACCGAAUCCAGAUUCAAUAUAAACUUUGCUCAAUCUGUAAAAAGAAUAUCAGUUUCCGAUGGAAUUUUUCAAAAAUUUUGAAUUUUUGGUUUCCUUUCUUUUUUUCCAGGUUGGAGUUUGAUGCUUUGUAGGGUAAAUUCCUGAAUAUA